GCAGAAAACUUCAGCCUCGGGAUCAAAUUUAUUUUGGUCGAUAAUACAUCCAGGCCAUUUGCUCGUAAUCAACGACGUCGCAAGACCAUAAGAUACAAAUUCCUCUCAUAUUCUCACGGAUACGUUUCAAAACAUAUCAAGCAUGGCUUCUUCAUCCAGGGUCUCCAACAGGCGUGCAGAGCGACAACAACAGGCACCAGAGCCCAUUAAAGGUUUCGCGUUCACAGUACGAGGUGUCGCACUCGAGGAUGGAUUCGAAAACCGUGGUGUGAAAACUACAAUUUGUGCCAGUUCCGAGAAGAAGAACCAGUUCCAAGAACUGAAGGUCAAGGCACAAAAUGGGGAAGAAGGUAUCCUAAGAGACAAACCAGAAUUUACAAGUAGAGAGCUGGGGGGUUUGGAGGCUGGGUUGAGUGCUUAUCUUGUAGUAGGAUAUGUCCUGCUUGAAGAGGACCACAAUAGAGCUUUUGAUCAAUCGGAGACCAAUAAGAAACAACCGGUGGGAAUCAAGCAACCAAAAAAAUUUAGAAAGUUUGAUGAUAAGACGAUGCCAAUUUUGGUAGUCACGGAAGUGAUCGACGCAGUCGAUGAGAACUAUCAGAUGAGAUACUAUGCGUUAAUGUGUCCAAAGAAUGGUAUAUCCACACCACAAAAGGUCAAAAUGGAUUAUGUCUAUUUCUUUCACGAGUUCCGCGACCUCGAAACUUCGUUGAAGACAAGAAAGACCACUUGGGGACGAUUAGCACUCGCUGCCGCCGUAAGACCAGACGUCUUGGCAGCUCCAACGAAAAGACAGGUUGACUUCAAAAGAAGUAAGGCUACAUCAAAGCUAAUCUUUGAACGCCAAAUCUCUCUGGCCAACCAUUUGAUUCUAUUAGCACAGAGUUUCGCAGCUAAUCCAAACAAAGCGAUCUUGGACGAUAUCGAUGCGUCAGUCAAAGACGCCAUUGCGGACUUCCAACACAGACCCCCGCCCAGCUGUGUUAAUAUUAGGAAUUUCUGUGAAGUACCGGGAGAUAUAUCCAUCGAGGAGGCGCGGGGAGUUGUAGCCGAGGUGCAGAGUUUGUGGCCAGAGUUGGGUGAGGUUAGAUGGGAAACAAUAAGGUUGAUAAAGCGAGGACUUGAUGUUGCUGAGAUUGUGCUGGAGUAUCGAUUGGUCAGGGCAGUCAUAGCGGAAGGUGAUCAUUUAUUCCGACACCAUUCUGAUUUUGAUGAAUGUCCAUCCGAAAUUGAGGAAGUUCCCUCCGAAGAUGGCGAAGGAAGAAUGGAUCAAGAUGGAGUUGCUGAUGAUACAGUGAUGCCGGAUGCAUAUGAUGAGGUAGGAGACGAGGCACUCGCAAGCAAGGUGGAGGGAAUUGUUUCGACUGCCGGUAGAAUGAUCCCACUUCCGGAAUCGACAAUGUCGAUUCUCACUAAGGGAGAUCGAACAAUACUUGGAGGGGUGGUGAAAAAGCUGAAAGAACUACUCAGAGCGAUCGUUGAUGGAGACCAAACAAUUCUCGACGCUUGCGGAGAUACAACACUUGGUGCAUAUUCUAUUCACGAGAUUUGGGGAAAAUUCUCCGACGCUAUUGACACAGAUACCUGCAAGAUGGCAUUUAUGACCGUUGUGAAGCGGUUGAUGAUGCACUUGAUGGAAAAGAACCGAGGGGUAAGAGAUAUGUUGGAAGAGUUGAUUUUAUUAUUGGAUCGAUUGCUCGAAGGAUGAAAGAAUGAGAAUUUUACGGGGGUUUGAGCAAAGGGAGACAGAUGGUUAUCGUGAGGUUUUGGAAGGGGAUAAUUACUGAGGGAGCUUUGAAUGAAACAAGGUUAUGGUUUAUAUAGUCGUCUUCAUAUUGCUUAAUGAAGGGAAAUUAACAGAAGAGAAUGGCAGACAGAAAAUAGAUUAAGCGUUCA